CUCCCCCAUCUCUCUCUCUCUCUCUCUCUCUCUCUCUCUCUCUCUCCAUUGUUCGAGUUUAAGCAGAAUUCCAAGUCCUUAUGCCAUGGCUUCUUCCCUUUAUGCUCUUAAUUCUCUAAACCCUUCGUCUUCCAUUCCAAAAUUCAAUCAAACGCUAACCCAUAUAUCUAAUUAUCUGUAUCUCUCACCAUGUUCUGUCCUGAGGUUAAAGCAUCGGCCUUUUCACAGUUCGGGAAUCCGCUUUUCUCCCCUCGGGACUCGACGAGCUCGCUCGAGGACCGUCGUUUUGUCUGUGCAGUCCAAUUUCAUGAAAGUUCUUAGAACAGCAUGGAACAUUGGAAGAGAUGGAAUUGAGGCUGGAACCAACCUUAUACCUGAAUCUGUACCGAGGCCCGUGGCCAGAGUUUCGGUAACAAUUGCCGCUUCGAUGGUUUCGUUGUUUGUUCUCAAGUCAUUCCUGUCGACGGCUUUCUUCGUGUUGGGUACAAUGGGAUUUGCAUACUUUUUGUUCAUAGCCCUAAACAAAGGUGAUGGUCCGAGACCGGGAGGAGGAAGUAGUUCCGGUUCCGAGCCAAUGGAAGAUCCGCUUGAUGAAGCAAGGAAAAUCAUGGACAAGUACAAGUAAACCACCUCCCCCCCUUUUCAAAUGAUCUGAUUCUCAUAUGGUAUUUUUAGGGUUGAUUAAAAAAUCUCCAUUGUUAUAUAUAUAUAUAUAGUUACAUACAUAUUGUGAACUCUCCAUGGAUUGGAUAUCUGAUUUACAUAAUCUAAGGGUUUCACUUGGAUCUCCAGUAAAAGUUUUA